AUGGGGAUUCCAGCUGCUUUUCGAUGGCUUUCUAACAAGUAUCCCAAGAUCAUCUCGCCGGUGAUUGAAGACCAACCGGUUGUAAUGCCAGAUGGUUCUGUUGUGCCUGUUGAUACGACUAGUCGCAAUCCGAAUGGCGAGGAAUUUGAUAACCUGUAUCUUGAUAUGAACGGCAUCGUUCAUCCGUGUGCGCAUCCGGAAGACAAACCUGCACCCGAGGAUGAGGAGGCAAUGAUGCUGGAGGUAUUCAGGUAUACAGAUCGUGUCGUCAACAUGGUUAGACCUCGAAAGCUUCUCAUGAUUGCCGUCGACGGCGUCGCACCUCGCGCCAAAAUGAACCAGCAACGCUCUCGACGGUUCAGAUCCGCACAAGAUGCCAAAGAAAAGGAAGAGAACAAGAAGGAGCUUUUGAAGCUCGUAAAACAACAAAAUGGCGGGGUUCUACCGUCGGAUCACAUCGAAAGUGCCACCAAGAAGGUGUUCGACAACAAUUCUAUCACACCGGCAUGGGCUAAGAUGAAGGUCUUGAUCUCUGACGCUACCGUCCCGGGAGAAGGCGAGCACAAAAUCAUGUCGUUCAUUCGCUCGCAGAGAGCAUCACCGGAAUAUGACCCUAAUACCCGUCAUGUUAUCUAUGGCUUGGAUGCCGAUUUAAUCAUGUUAGGGUUAGCAACCCAUGAACCUCACUUCCGAGUUCUUCGUGAAGAUGUAUUCUUCCAGGAGGGGAAGGCUAGAACAUGCCAGUUAUGCGGACAAAAAGGACACGAGGCACGGACCUGCCGAGGCGAGCUAAAAGAGAAAACAGGCGAUGUUGAUGACAGGACUAGCAAUGUUACGCUGAAGCCCUUCAUCUGGCUUCACGUUUCGGUGCUGCGGGAGUAUCUGGCAGCCGAAUUGGCCGUUCCUGGAUUACCAUUUCGGUUCGAUCUAGAGCGCGCGAUUGAUGAUUGGGUCUUCAUGUGCUGCUUUGUCGGAAACGAUUUUCUUCCGCAUCUGCCAGCAUUGGAAAUUCGAGAGCAUGGCAUCGACACUUUGACAACCAUUUGGAGAAAUAACUUGCCGAGCUUGGGCGGCUAUGUCACUAAAGACGGGCAUAUUGAUCUAGAAAGGGCACAGCGGAUUUUGGAUGGCCUCGCGAAGCAAGAGGGCGCGAUUUUCAAACGUCGGAAAGAGCAGGAAGACCGCCGCGAAGCAAACGCAAAGCGAAGAAAGCUGCAACACGACAAUAACUCAUAUCGCGGGAGCCGCCGAGGCCCUGCUAAAAACAGUAAGGAUGGCCACCACGACCCUUCUCAAGGCUUGCCUCUUUAUUCUAUCUCCUCAUAUCCGAAGGAACCGCCUCGAGCUAUCACCCAUGACAUGGUUGUGAAUAAGAGCUCUGCUCAAGCUGCGAUUGUUGCCAACAAAAGCGCCGCAAGCAUCAUCAAGGGGCAAAUACGAGCAGCGAAUCGGCAUGAUUCUGUUACGACUGAACCCGAGAUUUCUUCUUCCGUCCUGGGCAAGCGUAAAGCGGAGUCUCAGCCGGGCAUGGAAGCCGCAGACACGGACGCCGGAGUUGUUGGCGCUGCGCAACCUAGUAAAACAGAGCAUCCGGGGCCGGCGGAAGAACCAAUUGACACAGUACGCCUGUGGGAGGAUGGAUACGCCGACAGGUAUUACCAGCAGAAGUUUCACCGCAGUCCAAAUGAUAUCUCUUUUCGACACAAAGUAGCUCGGGCUUAUGUUGAGGGGUUGGCCUGGGUCCUUCUAUAUUAUUUUCAGGGCUGCCCUUCAUGGGAUUGGUACUACCCAUACCACUACGCACCGUUUGCAGCAGAUUUCAAAGACCUUGCGGGUAUGAAUAUCGUAUUUGAGAAGGGGAGGGUAUCUAAACCAUUCGAGCAGCUCAUGAGUGUUUUGCCAGCAGCCUCGCGUCACGCCCUGCCUGAAGUUUUUCAUCCCUUGAUGACAGAUCAGGACAGCGAAAUAAUCGACUUUUAUCCCGAGGAUUUUGAAGUGGAUCUGAAUGGCAAAAAGAUGGCCUGGCAAGGUGUGGCCUUGCUACCUUUUAUUGAUAUGCCCAGACUGCUGGCCGCUGUGCAAAACAAGUAUCCGCUAUUGAGCCCGGUCGAGGCCACAAGAAAUGCUACCGGAAGAGACGUGCUUUUAUUGUCAGACAGCAACGGGAGCAUGUAUGACGAAAUUUUAACCAAGUUUUACUCCAAGCGACAAGAAUGCUCUAGAUUCAAACUAAACCCAAAAACCAGCGAUGGCUUGUCGGGGAAGGUCGAAAAACAGGAUGAUUAUGUUCCGCACAGUGCGUUACAGUAUCCCCUGGAAAGACGUGCUAUGCCGGAUUUAGACUUUGAUAAAUCCGUUAGUGACAUUGAGGUUAUUCGCGGCAAAUCAAGGCGCGGGGAUCAUCCUGGCUAUGGGCGUGGCGGAGGACAUGGUGUCACCAGCAGAGGGAACUUUGCCCCCGUAUGGCGGCCACCUCCUCCUGGAGGUCCUGGUUUUGGGGUAGGAGUUCCGCCUCCACCUCCCGUAUAUGGUAACAAUAGCUACUACCCCUACUAUAGCGAUUCUCGAAAAUUGUAA